AUGACCGGGCCGUCGUCCUCUUCCGACCACAGCCAGGCCCCGUCUCUAGCCGCCGUGAUUUCGCAGGAAAAACGAAGAGAAACGCCCGGUUUCGCUCUAAACUUCACCUGCUUCGAUCACUCUCCUCCAGCCGCCAUUUUUGGCGAUCCAAGUAUGGAAAUCCAUCUACUCCUCGAGCUCUAG